GUGAAGGUGUGGAAGUGAGACAAGUGAACAAGUGAUGGAGGAGGAACAGUUUACAGAAAUAAGAAGCCCCAUUCAUGGAGAUGGACCUGACAGCUUUUCAAUCAUUUGUUUUGGGUUGGCAUCCCUCGUUGAUGAUGUCUACUGGAUUUUGACUUGGGCAACACGUGCAACCAAUAAUAACCCUCCACGAACAGGUAGUGCCCACCAGAGUGUGGCAGUGCCAGUGCCAUUAUACACUGGAUUUUCACAAAAUAGCAAAUUGCCAGUGCAAUUGACUCCAAAACAGUGUGUAGGGAAGGCAUGCAGCACUGGCCCCCACUUUAAACAGUUCCAGGCUCUGUAUACCAUAAAGUCUUGAACAGUUCAGUAGAGAAAUUG